AUGCCAAGACAAAAGUUAGCCCGUAGGCUCUAUUCUCUAUUAAACUAUCUAUCUAUCUAUCUAUCUAUCUAUCUAUCUGUCUAUCUAUCAUUUUUAAUAUCUAUUUAUCUAUCUCAACCUGCCCAUUUGUAUGUAUGUAUGUAUGUAUGUAUGUAUCUAUCUAUCUAUCUAUCUAUCUAUCUAUCUAUCUAUUUGCAUAUCUAUAUAUAUCUAUUCUUUUUCAUAAUAUCAAUUUUCAUAUCUAUCUAUCUAACUAUCUAUUUAAAUAUCUAUCUAUUUUCAUAUCUAUCUUUCUAUCUAUCAAUUUUAAUAUCUAUUUAUCUCAACCUGCCCAUUUGUAUGUAUGUAUGUAUGUAUCUAUCUAUCUAUCUCUUUGCAUAUCUAUAUAUCUAUUUUAUUUCCUACUAUCAAUUUUCAUAUCUAUCUAUCUAUCUAUCUAUCUAUCUAUCUAUCUAUCUAUUUAAAUACCUAUCUAUCUAUUUUCAUAUCUAUCUAUCUAUCCAUUUAAAUAUCUAUUUUUCUAUCUAUCCUUUUUUUAUAUCUGUCUUUGUAGGAUUACAUAGCCUCCUGAUGAGGGAUGAGCUCCGCCAGGUAAAACACCCUAGACACGCCACAUGA